AUUAUUCGUAUAAAACUUCAGAUGUUUUCCAUCAAGGGACAUCUCAAACUUUUGGUAUUACGUCAAAUUAUUAAGUACAUAUAUACAAUAUCAAUAAUAACAUGAAAAUAGAAAAUAUGGAAAAUCUUCAGCCAGGUGAUAGAGACAGGCAGGACAAUCAGAAUGAUUUACAAAAGGAAGUACCUAAUAUACCUAAUAACCAUGAAGAACUGAUGAUCGAGGAUAACGGACAUCGGAACAGAUCGUCGAAAACAAAAUGUCGAUGUAAAAAACGAAAACGAAGGUUGAGACUAUCUCGUAAUCCCUUUAUCAUCUUUUAUCUGAAGAUGUAUUUCGAAUCACCGUGUAAACGAGUGGUGGAUGUAGCUCGCGAGGCUGGUAAGAUAUGGUGUCGCAUGACUAGUGCACAAAAACAAAAGUAUAUCAGACUCGCGAGAAAAUUGCAAUGUAGAAAACGCUGAGAUAAAGGUGUCAACGAAAAAAAAGGGAAUAAAUAACGUAGAAACUUCGAAACCUUCUAAUUUU